GUGUCGCUAAGUACCCGGCUAGAAAUCAGCUACUGUCCAGAUUGUCUCUUCCUGGCCCAGAUAAACGACUCAGACAACAACAAAGGGAGGCUUGAAGAAAUAUGUGGCAAGGUCUCUUCACUGGCAUGAAAUAUGCACCUCCCCUCCUUUGGGAACUAUUUUGACAGAGCUGUGGAAGAAGUUUUGGUGGAUUUCCUCAACUCGAAGAUGUUUGGCAGUGGCACCAAGAGGUGGUUCGUGAAGAGGCAAAGAAGACAGCAGCAGCAGAGGUCUGGCAGGAAGCCAUGUGCCAGGAAGAAGCAGAGAUGGGCAGCUAAGAUUCUCCAGCAGCACAGAGAAAAGAUCCUGAGCGAGCUGGAUGUCAACAGUGUACUUCCUUACCUGGUGUAUGACAAGGUUUUUUCACUGGGAGAGUACAAGGAAAUACUGGGACAGGAUUCGGACAAGAAGCGGACCGAGAUAUUCCUGGACCACCUGUCCUCGAAGGGGCCUGCUGCAUUCAGCUCAUUCUGCUCUGUUUUGGAGGAAGUUUGUCCUCACCUGCUAACCUGUUUUCUGUUGGAUGGAGAAGAUGGUGUCUCAGGACAGGGCGAGAAAGGGGGCAUCACUGCGCCCCCAAACACUCCAGGAGAGCAACCUCUGUGCUCGCCUCCCAUGUACACCGACCCCAUAUUUGACUCCAGGAUACACCCCAGUCCUACCGCAGGCUCCGGCACAGCAGCCUCCUCCGUGAGCACCAGUCAGGGCAAGCCAUCACUCCGCCGCAUCAAGGGCCGCAUUCAUAGGAGCAAGAGCUUGGACAGCAUUGACCUCCUUGAUUCUAAUAGUGCAGCAAUGGAGGAGACAGUCAUUUGGGAACAGCACACAGUAACACUACACAGGGCACCAGGGUUUGGCUUUGGGAUAGCCAUUUCAGGUGGACGGGAUAACCCUCAUUUUCAGAGUGGUGAGACCUCCAUUGUCAUCUCAGAUGUGCUGAAAGGAGGCCCCGCAGAAGGCCUACUGCAGGAAAAUGACAGAGUCGUUAUGGUCAACGCUGUCUCCAUGGAUAAUGUGGAGCACGCGUAUGCUGUUCAGCAGCUUCGUAAAAGUGGGAAGCUCGCCAAAAUUACAAUCAGGCGCAAGAGGAAGGUGCACGUCCCCAUGGGCCGCCUGGGAGAGAGGGAGACUAUGUCAGAGCAUGACGAGGAGGAGGAUAGCUACGACGAAGAGAUAUAUGAAACGAGAAGUGGACGCAGUGGCGCGUACAGCGGUGUGGGCGGCACUAUGGGCAGGCGCAGUGGGCGGAGUGGCGGUCGCAGGGACAGGGAACGUGAACGCAGCGGCUCACGGGAAAGAAGUCUCUCCCCACGCUCAGACCGCCGCUCGCACAACCUGCCCCCACGGCCCGCCAAGGUCACUCUCGUGAAAUCCCGCAAAAAUGAAGCAGAAUAUGGCCUGCGCCUGGCCAGCCACAUCUUUGUCAAGGACAUUUCCCCUGAGAGCCUGGCAGCCAGGGAUGGCAACAUCCAGGAGGGGGAUGUUGUACUGAAGAUUAAUGGCACCGUGACAGAGAACCUCUCUUUGAUUGAUGCCAAGAAGCUGAUAGAAAGGUCAAAGGGCAAGCUAAAAAUGGUGGUUCAGAGGGAUGAGAGAGCGACCCUGCUGAACAUCCCUGACCUCGAUGACAGUAUUCCCUCAGCCAACGCUUCUGACAGAGAUGACAUUUCAGAUAUCCAUUCUCUGGCAUCCGACCAUUCCAAUCGAUCACAUGACAGACAUCGUAGCAGCCGCUCCCGCUCUCCAGAUAGACGAUCUGAACCCUCAGACCACUCCCGACAUUCACCUCCACAAAUCAGCAAUGGCAGUCACAGAAGUCGUGACGAUGAACGGGCCUCAAAGCCGGCUUCAACACCAGCGAAGCUAGCGGAGGAGGUACCUCUGCCCAAACCGAAGGAGUCAGGAGGCAGAGAGGAGAAACAGCUCCCACCCCUCCCAGAACCCAAGCCAGUCUAUGCUCAGCCCGGACAGCCAGAUGUAGACCUGCCUGUCAGUCCUUCUGAUGCUCCUGUGCCAACUACUGCCCAUGAUGAUAGCAUCCUACGGCCAAGCAUGAAGUUGGUGAAGUUCAAAAAGGGGGAGAGUGUGGGUCUGCGGCUGGCUGGGGGGAACGACGUGGGCAUCUUCGUAGCUGGAGUGCUGGAAGAUAGUCCAGCCGCUAAGGAGGGCCUAGAGGAGGGCGACCAAAUUCUCAGGGUAAAUAAUGUUGACUUUGCAAACAUAAUCCGAGAGGAGGCGGUGCUCUUCCUCCUGGACCUUCCUAAGGGUGAAGAGGUCACCAUUCUAGCCCAAAAGAAGAAAGAUGUAUAUCGGCGGAUUGUGGAAUCAGAUGUUGGUGACUCUUUCUACAUCCGGACACACUUUGAGUAUGAGAAGGAAUCGCCGUAUGGUUUGAGCUUUAACAAGGGCGAGGUGUUCCGUGUGGUGGACACUCUCUACAACGGCAAAUUAGGCUCCUGGCUGGCUAUUCGCAUUGGCAAGAACCAUCAGGAGGUGGAGAGGGGCAUCAUCCCCAACAAAAACAGAGCAGAGCAGCUCUCCAGUGUGCAAUACACUCUCCCCAAAACAGCAGGUGGAGACAGGGCUGACUUCUGGAGGUUCCGUGGUCUUCGCAGUUCAAAGAGGAACCUGAGGAAGAGCCGAGAGGAUCUUUCUUCACAGCCAGUCCAAACAAAGUUCCCAGCUUAUGAAAGAGUUGUGCUGAGAGAGGCUGGCUUCCUAAGACCGGUUGUAAUAUUUGGACCUAUUGCUGAUGUUGCUCGUGAAAAGCUUUCCAGAGAAGAGCCAGAUCUUUUUGAGCUUGCAAAGAGUGAACCGAGAGAUGCAGGAACAGACCAGCGUAGUUCAGGAAUAAUUCGUCUUCACACUAUCAAGCAGAUCAUCGACAGAGACAAACAUGCUGUACUGGACAUCACUCCAAAUGCUGUGGACAGGCUGAACUAUGCUCAGUGGUACCCGAUUGUAGUCUUCCUAAAUCCCGAUAACAAACAGGGUGUGAAGAACAUGAGGACCAGGUUGUGUCCAGAGUCCAGGAAGAGUGCCAGGAAGCUCUAUGAGCGAGCCAUUAAACUGAGGAAGAAUAAUCACCACCUGUUCACCACGACCAUCAACUUGAACAAUAUGAACGAUGGUUGGUAUGGAGCGCUAAAGGAAACCAUCCAGCAACAGCAGAACCAGCUGGUGUGGGUGUCAGAGGGCAAGGCGGAUGGUACUACAGAGGAUGACUUGGAUAUCCAUGAUGACCGCUUGUCCUACCUUUCAGCACCAGGUAGUGAAUACUCAAUGUAUAGCACAGACAGCCGCCACACUUCUGACUAUGAGGACACAGACACAGAAGGUGGAGCAUACACAGACCAGGAAUUAGAUGAGACUUUGAAUGAUGAGGUGGGUCUGCCCACGGAGCCUGCCAUCACCCGCUCCUCAGAGCCUGUGCGAGAAGAUCCUCCUGUAAUUCAGGACACCCCUGGUUACCCUGGAUACCAGCACCCCGUGCAGCCUGACCCAGCCAAUCGCAUAGACCCUGCUGGGUUCAAGAUGGCUGCUCCGCAGCAGCAAGGUGAGGCUGCUGUGCCCAUGCCCUCGUUGCCUCCGACGUCGGUAGCAACCCCUGCUGCUGAGCAGUCUGUACAGCUAGAGGGUGUGCACCUAGAGGAGCCGCCUGCUGCAGCCGCAGCUCCCCAGGCUGACUCACUUAGCAGCCCCAGCCCUGCCCCUGAGCUUAUUCAGCCCCCACCACCACCACAUGAACCCCACCCGUCUGGACUGCCUGGUCCAGAACCAAAGAUGUACAAGAAAGAUCUUUACAAUAUGGAGGACCCUGUGCGAAUCAACCAUAGCCUAAAGCAGUCUAUGAGCUAUAGUCACCAGCCGCCGUACCAGGACAAACAGCCAUACCGCGAAUACGACCACCCGCCUUACGGAUAUGAUGGAGGCGGCUACACGGAACCAAAGCCUCACAACACUGAUUCUCACCUGCACUACGACAACCGUGUGCCUCAUUACAACGAACAGUGGCCCCCCUAUGACCAGCAGACCUCGUCCUCCCAGCCCGCAGGGUACCAGCCGGGCCACCAGCAACCCAUGGGCUACAAUCCCCGGUCCCCCUAUGAGGAUGGACCGGGAAGGGACUACAGCCCCCCUCAGCCACGCUAUGAUGAGGCCCCACCAGUGGGCUAUGAUGGCAGACCUCGCCACAGUAAACCUGGACCGAUUCGUUACGAUGAGCCCCCUCCACCACCUCUCCCUCCGGCAGGCUACGAUGCACGUUCCCCAUAUGAAGCAGAGACCCACAGCUUCCCCAUUAACUCCCCUCGAUCACCAGAGCCUUCGAAGCAGUAUUAUGGUGACUCUGGGCUGAGGUCGACCUACAUGCCUGGGCCUCCAAACCGGGGUUUUAAGCCAGGGAUGCAUGAUGCUAUGAGAAACUCUGAACCCACCAUUCCUCCACCUAAACCAGAGGCCCUGCCCUCCCCAGGCGAUCCAGCAAUCACCCCAGGGUCCAAACCUCCUCCACCUCCACCCCAGGAAGACCUGGAUGAGGACCCAGCCAUGAAACCACAGUCAGUGCUCAACAGGGUCAAGAUGUUUGAGAAUAAACGGUCGGUUUCUAUGGACAGGGCUAAAGAGGGAGGUGAUUCAUCAGUACUCCGGCCUGCAGAUAUUCCUAAGCCUGUGAUAGCACCUGGACCAGUCCUUAAAGCCAAUUCCCUCAGCAACCUAGAGCAGGAGAAGUCCUCCUAUAGGGCUCCUGAACCACAGAAGCCCCACACCAAGCCCCUGGAUGAUGUAGUCCGUUCCAACCACUAUGACCCAGAUGAGGAUGAGGAAUACUACAGAAAGCAAUUGUCCUACUUUGAUCGUCGCAGCUUUGACAGCAAGGCCAUGGGCCAGCCCGCUCCUGGCAUUAACCGCUUCCAUGAUCUGCCCAAACCACCUCAGCUAUCCUACCCAUACAACAGAGUUGAGUCUGUGGAGAAAGUGAGUCCAGUGGAAAAAAGAUACGAUCCUCUGCCACAAAUCAGUCCCUCUUCACAGUAUGGGCCCCCGGCCUCCGCCAUUCCACCCGCCACACUCCCCAAACUCAGUCCUGGCGAUGGUAAGCUUCCUAAACUUUCUGCUGGCCUUCAAACCUUCGUCUCUAACUCCGUACCUGAACCAUUGACCUCACCCAAUCCUAAACCUGAGCUGACAACUCUUAGGCCGACCAGUAGGGAUGAACCCACACCUGGCAGUUACCUGCCCCCGAGGGGCCUUCCCGACAAAUCCCCAGUCAAUGGCACUGAUGCAGCACCCCCAAAAACCCUGAGCACUCCUGCACCAACUAGCUAUAACCGCUACGUCCCGAAGCCUUACACCAGUGCAGCCCGACCCUUUGAGCGCAAGUUUGAGAGUCCCAAGUUCAACCACAAUCUGCUGCCCAAUGACACACAGGUGAAGACGGACCUCCUCAGCAAGCCCAGUGUGGUGAGCAACAGUAGUGGGAAACCUCAGUUGUCACCGCAGCCCCUUGAUCACGACAGUGGCCUAGACACUUUCACACGCACUAUAGACAACAGGCCCAAAUACCAGCACAAUAACAUCAACGCCAUUCCCAAGGCCAUCCCUGUAAGCCCCAGUGCACUGGAUGAUGACGAUGAAGAUGAAGGGCACACAGUGGUGGCCACUGCCCGUGGAAUAUUCAACUGUAACGGAGGGGUCCUGAGUUCUAUUGAGACGGGCGUCAGCAUCAUCAUCCCCCAGGGUGCGAUCCCGGAGAGUGUCGAGCAGGAGAUUUACUUCAAGGUGUGCCGGGACAACAGCAUCCUGCCCCCCCUCGACAAGGAGAAAGGAGAAACGCUGCUUAGUCCGCUGGUGAUGUGUGGCCCACAUGGACUCAAGUUCCUGAAGCCGGUGGAGCUGCGCUUACCUCACUGUGCGUCAAUGACCCCUGAUGGUUGGUCUUUUGCUCUAAAAUCCUCCGACUCCUCGUCGGGUGAUCCCAAAACUUGGCAGAACAAAUCUCUCCCUGGAGACCCAAACUACCUGGUGGGUGCAAACUGUGUGUCUGUGCUCAUUGACCACUUCUGAAGAGGGCAACAGCUGGCCUGUUACUGAAUGUGAUAAAGCAGGGGACCCGAGUCUCCCCUGCCGUGCCCACUCCGCGGUGCAAAAUGCUUGAUGAAGUAUGAACUCAAACUCACGUUGUUUACUGUGCCCAAAAUUUAAAAAAACUUAAAAAAACACACACAAGGAGAGUCAGAGUCCAGCAUCCCCAACGCUGUACUCCUCCUUUCUUUUCUUUCUUUCUUUCUUUUUUUUUGGUUUGGUGCUUACAAGGCUUGCAAAAAAUAAAGAUGAAAACGUUAUUUAAACAAAAGGAACUGGAGUUGGAAUGCAUGACCAGUGCCACAGACUGAAUAAUCACAUUUUGACAUUUUUAGCUAAUUUUGUAAAGGUUCAGAGCGGUGGAGGAGGUCAAAACAAAACAAAAGAGGAUAAUUUUGAAAACUUGUUUAAUAUUGCAGUUUGAUUUUUGCAUACUGUAAAAAUAAAAACAAAAAUAAAACAACAACUCACAAACAGCAAAGUUUGUAUAUGCAAAACUUUUGUUUGUGAGUUCUGUGGUCAUGCGUUUCACUCAUGAUGGAUCUCUGAGGACUUGAGAAAUUGCUCAGCGUGACUCAUGAAGACGUAGGCAUCAUCGAGAUUUAAACAAAAAAAAAAACUAAUGAAGAAUGAAGGUUAAGUAUUAGUAUCAGACACCCGCUCGUCCAGCGGGGUUCUCUCUGUUUCAAACGUGUUUUUUGUAGAAAUGUUUUACCGUAGAUAAAUAUACUGACUUGAUUUUACAAACUCCUGCUGUCUAGAGAUCUAUGCAUGUGCUAUGACUCAGGUUCAGAAGCCUGCUACUACUAAGUUCAACACAUGAGAAAUCCCAUCGUACACUGCAAGCAGUGAUGCCUUAUCUGCAUAUUAACUUUUCAGUGAAACUUUAAAACAUCGGUUCCUUCAGUUGUAGCGAUCACUACGGAAGAAGCAGAAGAAGAAGAAAAAGAAGUUGUCGUCGUUGUCUCUGCAUUUUCUCCUAAAAACGGUGAACUCGGAUUUAGCACACGAGAAUAAUUGAGACUGAUGAAAAAGGUAUGCUUUCUUUUACUGCUAUGCAUAUGAAGUCUGAGGAAAUACAAAAAAACAAAACAACAAGCUAGAAGAUGUUUAAGUUGUGGCUGUACAUAAUGCUAGCAUAUGGCCUUGGUUCUCUGUAAAUGAACUUUUGUACAUCUUUGUUAUUUUGUAUAAAAGAGAAAACGUUUGUUUAAAAAAGAGAAAGCGGUUACAUUGGUUAUGUUUGUAUUCUGGUUAUACCCCUGAGCCUUGGAACUGACAUAAGCAGUAAUAAGUCCGACUUUUCUACCAACGUAUACAAACACGUACACACAUUACAAACAUACACACUACUUAAGGCAUUUUUAACUGUCAGAAAACUUUUUAUUCUUAUUUACAAAAUAGAGAAGUGCUCGGUUUAAAUGAUUUUAAAAGACGUAUUUGAGGGGGGCUGCUGUGAAGAGUGGUCCCUUCCUUUCUUUGUGAUACUGGAUGCUGUAUUGUGUGCCCUGAAAUGUAUUUUUGUACUAAGACAAUUUAUUAUGGCACAUCAGUACUAUUUUUCUUUUGAUAUGACAACACUGCUUCAACCCGACACUAGUUUUUUGGUUUUUUUCCCCGUGUGGCUGACAUUCUUUUUAUUUAUUUUGAUUUUACUUUCAUUUGUUUUCCUUUGCAACACAUUUCUAAGUAUACCACUGUAUUACUAAAUAAAUUCAUUUAUAAAGUAAACGCUGCCCAGAUUCCACUGUUGUGUUGUUUCCCACGU